AUGAGUGCGCGGUUGUCUUCCAACGCCGACUACGAGUCGCUUCUUGACAAGUAUGACACGUGGAUGUUCGACUGCGAUGGCGUCCUCUGGCAUGGAGAUCGUCUAAUCGAAGGGGCUGUUCAAGUCCUGGACAUUCUUCGACGGCGAAACAAGAAGGUCCUCUUUGUUACCAACAACGCCACCAAAUCGCGCAAGAGCUACAAGGGCAAGUUCGACCAACUCGGCGUCGAAGCACACGUCGACGAGAUUUAUGGGUCUGCAUAUGCUGCAGCGGUCUACAUUUCGUCCGUCGUCAAACUUCCCAAAGAGAAGAAGGUCUAUGUCAUCGGAAUGAAGGGUCUCGAGGAGGAAUUGCACGAUGAGGGUCUGAGCUUUCUUGGGGGAACGGAUCCAGCAGAUUCGACUGUCGAGCCGUUCUCUCUUGCUGACUUCACUCUUGAUCCCGAUGUCGGCGCGGUGGUCUGUGGCCUGGACACUGCGAUCAACUACACGAAGCUGUCAAAGGCUUUCCAGUACCUCACGCGCAACCCGGGAUGUCUUUUCCUCGCGACUAAUGAGGACAGCACGUACCCAGCGGGAGGCGGCUUGUUGCCCGGAGCCGGCGCUAUCAGCGCUCCUCUGCGCUAUGCACUCGGAAAAGACCCGAUCGCCAUUGGAAAGCCAGCAAGCACAAUGCUAGAUUGUAUCAAGGCCAAAGUCGACUAUGACCCGAAACGCACCAUUAUGGUCGGCGAUAGACUGAACACCGAUAUUUUGUUUGGGCAGAACGGUGGUCUUGCUACGCUCCUUGUGUUGACAGGAAUUACUACGGAGGCGGAAAUAACUGGCCCCAAUGCUUCGAGCAUCGUUCCGGACUAUGUUACUGCCUCGAUUGGGGACCUGCGUGUGCUCGGCGAAUAA